AUGAAGUUAGUAGGAUUAAUUAGUGGAGGAAAGGAUUCAAUCUAUAAUCUAAUAGAAUGUAUUAGAAAUGGUCAUGAGGUGAUUGCUUUGGCUCAUUUAAAACCACCAAAGAUUGAUAAUACACAACAAGAUGAAAUUGAUAGUUAUAUGUUUCAAUCAGUUGGACAUAAUGUGAUUGAAGGUAUAGCUGAAGCAAUGGGUUUACCACUUACACAACAUGCAAUCAAUGGUAAACCACAUAAUCAAGGAGAGAUCUAUGUAGCUACAAAAGAAGAUGAAGUUGAAGAUUUAUACCAUCUCUUGUCAAUGGUCAAACAGUCACACCCAGACGUUCAAGGUGUUGCCACUGGUGCCAUUCUUUCAACCUAUCAAAGAAUUCGUGUUGAAAAUGUUUGUUCAAGAUUAGGAUUUACAAGUUUUUGUUAUCUUUGGAGAAGAGAGGAAGAUCAAUUAUUAAGAGAUAUGAUUGAUAGUAAGAUGGGUGCCAUAUUGAUUAAAACUGCUUCAAUGGGUCUUGUUCCAUCAAAACAUUUAAUGAAAACAAUCGAUCAAAUGUAUCCAAUUUUAAAGGUUUUGAAUCAAAAAUAUGGUGUAAAUAUUUGUGGUGAAGGUGGAGAAUAUGAAUCCCUUGUAUUAGAUUGUCCAUUAUUUAAAAAAAGAAUUGAAUUAAUUGAAACUGAAGUAAUAGUACAUUCAGAUGAUGCAUUUGUUCAAGUAGCAUAUGCAACAUUUCAAAAAUAUAAAUUGGUAGAUAAAACACCAGAAGAGAUAGAAGAGGGUAAAAAGUAUUUGGUAGAGUUUGCACCAUCCUAUCAAACUAGCAUUUCAACAUGGAAUGACAAGUUUUCAAAUUUCUCAAUCCCCAUAUCAAUCGAAGAUUACCAAAUACCAACUACUUAUUACACUGGUGCCAAUGGAACAAAAGCACUUCAAGAUACUAGUGAUUUGACUCGUUUAGAAAUCAUUCAAUCAAAGUCUGGUUUCUUUCAUAUUAAAUCUUUUACCAUUUUAAAUGACAAUCUCAGUAGUGGUGAAACUUUGGAUCAAAUCUUGACAAAUAUUAGUGAAAAAUUAAAGUCAUUAUCAAUGACAAUGGAGAAUUUAGUAUUUGUUAAUUUAUACCUAAAGGAUAUGAAUGAUUUUGGAAUUAUCAAUCAAAAUUAUUAUAAACAUUUCAAAGAGAAUCCAUCUGCCAGAGCAUGUAUUCAAGUUGGUUUACCAGUACCAAAUUGUAAGGUUAUGGUCGAUUGUAUUGGUCAUCAAGUUGUUAAAAAGAAUUUACAUGUUCAAUCUAUUUCAAAUUGGGCUCCUGCUUGUAUUGGUCCUUAUUCUCAAGCAACUUUUGUUGAUAAUUUAUUAUUAUUAGCAGGACAAAUUGGUUUGGAACCAGGAUCGAUUGCAUUAAUUCAAGGUGGUGUUGAAACUGAAUUGAAACAAAUAUUUAUCAACCUAUCAAGUGUUUUUGAAGCAUUGAAAAAUGGUUUCGAUCAAACUUUACAAUGUACCGUUUUUAUUAAAGAUAUUAAAUAUUCAAAUUUAAUUUAUGAAUAUUUAAUGUCUAUCUUUACAAAUUCUCCUGUAAGAGUAUUACCAUUAAUUACAAUUGCAGAGAUUGAACACUUUCCAAAAUCAUCAAAUGUUGAAGUAUUAUUAUUAAAUGAUAAGAUACCAGACCACAGUGAUGAAGAGUUUAAAAGAGAAUGUUAUCGUACUGAAAAGAAUUUCCGUGUUGAUUCUGUCAUUCAAGGAUUCAACUCGAUCAUUUCUAAUAUUUCAAAUACUACUCUCUUUAACUUUAACCUGACCAGUCUUGACCGUGAAAUGAAUCUUGACACUCAAUUACUACCAACCAUAUCAACAUUUAUUGAAUCCAUGAUUGAUUCCAUCAGUUCUCUUACAACUGUCAAAGAUAUUUGUGAAAAUAUUAUUUCAAUCAAGAUUUAUUAUGACAAGUUAUUAUCUGGUUAUGAAAAUGAAAUAUACAAGGUAUUUAAGAAAUUAAAUUUAAAUCAAAUUAGUUUGGUUAAAGUUAACAAAUUAUAUCAUCAAAUCCAUUUAAAGGAUACAACUUUAAUGGUCGCAGAUGUUUUAUUUCAUAAUAAAUAA